CACCUCUUGGAAUCCAUUCGUACAAAAAAAUGCUCUCAAAACCCAAUAUCUUCCAAGAGACCAAAAAACAAACGUGGGCUCAUCAGCUAUUGCACUCUCCCUCAUGUGCCCUCGAUUGCUCGUCUGCUGUGGGCGGUCAGGUACUGUUCUGUAGCAGCGGCGUCGUCUAUCAGGUAAUGGAGGAGAGCCGUUGCAUCACCAGAAUAGGGUCCCCAAAAUUUGUCUUGAUGGGUUCCUACAGAUAUGAAGAGGCGCACCAUCUUCUCAUUCUAUUGUUUUCAGAGCUCCUCUCAUCGUCUCUUCUUAAGUCUUGCUGUAAAUUCUUCGCUAUUCUUCUUUAGGAGAUGUAUAAGCCAUGGACUCUCGUCAGGCUCAACAAAUACGAGGCCUUUUCCUGACUAUUCCCCCAAGAGACCGACCAUCAACGAUUCCGAACUUGUCCAACGCAUCUCCAACACAAUAAAGCUUCGCUGCUCUGAGCCCUUACGCCGUAUUCUGAAACCUUAUGAAUCUCAGUUCAGGUCUGAUCAUCUUAUAUGGGUUCUCAUGAAUAUUAAUAAUGACUAUAAACUAGUUUUGGAUUUCUACGACUGGGCAUGCCUACGUAGGGACCCAACAUUAGAAGCUCGUUGCGUUGUUGUACAAAUUGCUGCAGCAUCCAAGGAUCUUAAAACGGCACAUGAGCUUAUUCAUAAGUUUUGGGCAAAACCCAAGUUAGAUGUUAGUCUUUCAUUCACUCACUUUGCUGAUCGGUUGAUAUACACUUAUAAGGAUUGGGGUUCAGAUCCCCAUGUGUUUGAUGUUUUCUUCCAGGUUAUUGUUGAAAGUGGGAUGCUCAAUGAAGCAAGAAAACUUUUUGAUAAAUUGUUGAGCUAUGGGUUGGUUAUCUCUGUUGAUUCCUGUAAUUUAUUUCUUACUCUCCUAUCAAGCACCUUUGAUGGGAUUGAGAUGGCAAUAAAGUUUUUCAAUGAAUAUUAUGAAGUGGGUGUUCAUUGGAACACCGCAUCAUACAAUAUUAUCAUUCAUUCUCUUUGCCGAUUAGGGAAAAUAAAAGAAGCUCACCAUUUACUCCUGCAAAUGGAGUUGAGGGGUUGUAUACCUGAUGUUGUAAGUUAUAGUACUUUAAUCAGCCGAUAUUGUUAUGAUGGAGAACUACAGAAGGUGUUGAAGCUCAUAGAAGAAAUGAAAAUAAAAGGAUUGAAGCCAAAUGCCUAUACCUAUAACAGCAUAAUACUUCUUUUGUGUAAGACUGGUAAACUAUCUGAAGCAGAAGUGAUAUUGAGGGAGAUGAUGGCUCUGGGAGUACUUCCUGAUAAUGUCGUCUACACAACUCUAAUUGAUGGUUUCUGUAAGAUGGGAAAGAUUCAAGCUGCAUGUAGGCUUUUUGACGAAAUGCGGCUUAGGAAAGUUAUCCCUGAUUACAUAACGUAUACUGCUAUUAUUCAUGGAUUUUGUCAAACAGGGAAGAUGGCAGAAGCAGAUAAGCUCUUCCAUGAAAUGGUUAGCAGAGGGUUAGAACCGGAUGAAGUUACUUAUACAGCACUUAUUGAUGGCUAUUGCAAAGUAGGUGAGAUGAAAGAGGCUUUUUCUCUUCACAACCAGAUGGUUAGUAUGGGGCUUAGCCCAAAUGUGGUCACUUAUACGGCACUUGCUGAUGGCCUUUGUAAACGAGGGGAGGUAGACAUAGCAAAUGAGCUUCUUCAAGAGAUGUGCAGGAAGGGCCUUCAACUUAAUGUCUUUACUUACAACUCAAUUGUUAAUGGCCUUUGUAAAUCAGGAAAUAUAGCGCAGGCAGAAAAAUUAAUGGAACAAAUGCAGGUUGCUGGGCCCCAUCCUGAUACUGUUACUUAUACUACCCUGAUGGAUGCAUAUUGUAAGAUAAGGGAGAUGGCUAAGGCACACAAUGUCUUGCGUGAGAUGCUCGAUAGAGGCCUUCAACCUACAGUUGUGACAUUCAAUGUGCUAAUGAAUGGAUUUUGUAUGUCAGGAAUGCUAGAAGAUGGUGAGAGGCUACUUAAGUGGAUGUUAGAGAAGGGUAUAGUGCCUAAUGCCGGCACUUAUAAUUCUCUCAUGAAGCAGUACUGCAUUAGAAAUAAUAUGCGUACUACAACUGAUAUGUAUAGGAGCAUGUGUGCUGGUGGGGUAAUGCCUGAUAACAACACCUAUAACAUUUUAAUAAAAGGGCAUUGUAAGGCAAGGAAUAUGAAAGAGGCAUGGUUUUUGCAUAAGGAAAUGGCAGGAAAGGGAUUUAUUCCCACAGCAAGUUGUUACAAUGCACUUAUUAAGGGUCUUUUUAAGAAAAGGAAAUUUGCGGAGGCAAGGGAACUCUUUGAAGAGAUGCGGAGACAUGGUGUAGUUCCAGAUAGAGAAACAUACAACAUUUUUGUUGAUAUGAACUAUGAAGAAGGUAACAUGGAAAUUACUCUUGAGCUUUGUGAUGAAGUUAUAGAGAAUUGUCUUGUGGGCAAACCCAAGAAUGAAGACACGUAGCUGAAUCUUGUGUGGUGCUCUGUUGAGAUCUUUUGGACAGAAAUUGUCAGUUUGGUUUCUCAGAACUUGCAUAUCGGGUACUACCAUCAUGGGACCGAGAUAUGCAUAGUACCUGGGUAUCAGCAUUUGAUAUAAAUUGAAAGAUAGAUGAUGCUGGGCCUGUAAGGACUACACGUUCCAUAAACAUAUCCAAGGAAUCUCAAGAUGGUUGUUUUGUUCAAACGUUUAUCGUUUGAAUUGCAUCACUGCUAAAAUGAUAAAAGAAUAUACACCAGAUUUGGCAUGGAAGGACGUUUAUUUGCGGCUUACAAAUGUUUUGUCAGCAUUAUUCUGAUCUGAACUAGUUUGACUGGGUGCAGCAAUCAGUGGUAGAGUUGGAGUUGGGUGUUAUGAGCGAAGAAAAUGCAGGGGCGCUUGCAUCCCAGAAAGAAACAACUGAAGCUGCUGAUUUUGGGGAGGGCCCGCUUAAGACCGAGAGCCACUGAUGAGUGGGACGAAUAGUGCUUGUUUGAUUGAAUCAAUUUCGACAUUAUUGUAAA